UCCUUCUCUAUAACAGAGAUGAUUCACGGGCUCGAGCCAGCAGAGUGUGAUGCGACUCUGAACUGAAAACUCUUGACAAUCAUUCAUGACAGCAGCAGUUCUGUGGCAGACCGCAGAAAUGAGCACAAAAAUGGCACACGGGUCUCGCAGGCGGAUGCAGGUGAAGAGUUGACUGCGAAAGACCAUCUAUUGCAUAAUCAGACGGAGCACAAAGGCAGGCUGCGAGGGCGCUUCGUUUUGAACUAUGGCGGCAACACAACAACACGUUCUUCUGACAUAAAUUGUGCAAAUCUUGGAGAACAGCGACGGGUUGUUUUGGAUGAGAGGAUAUAAAAAAACAACCUGCCUCAAAACUUUGAAGUUUGUAUAGGCGCUGCCAGAGGUCGCAUUCAUUUCAAGCUACUACCUGUGCAGUGUGCUUUCAAUUAACCCUAAACUGGCUGGCUUAUGUGACACUGAAGUGCGAGCUUUUGGAGGUUGGCUGUUUUUUGUGUGCAGUGUUUUCAGAAGCCGUUCAAAUGCUGGAAUGGAUUGGCACGGUUUGUUUUCUGAUUUUAAUGGCCAUACUCUGGCCAGUGGUGAAGUGUUUUGGGGCGGCGAGUCACUCCACGCUGCUGCUUCCGCGGCGCGACAGUAAAAGACCCGGGGACAGAUGCGACUCCAAACUGGAGGAACAAGGUGAAUCAGCCGCGGUCGCCCUCAUAUGCAAGCCCUCCGCGUUGGCGAACUACCUUCUCAAACACUGCAUGACUUUUUGCAAGUCUUUGUCGAUACCGUCGUGGACCUGGCGCGUGAGUUCGUCUUUACAGACAGUUUUCGGCGCUCUGUGGCCGGUGGAGUGUCCUGUGCACUUCAUCCGAGAUCAUCUGCAGCUGAGCGAUGACGGACUGGUGGCGCUGGACUGGGCUGUCGUUGGUGCAGCGCAUCACAAGAGGCGCAGGACUUCCAGCAAUUCCACAAGUCCAGUUCUGCUCAUCAUUCCCAACUCUUUUGGGAAAAUCACCAGGAAUGUUCUCAAGCUCUGUGAAGCAGCUCUGAGUCACGGUUACCUCCCCGUGAUCUUCAACCGCAGGAGCCAGAACGGGACGCCGCUCUCUACCAUCAGGCUGCAGCAGUUUGGUGACCCAACUGACCUCCGGGAAGCAGUGCGCUACAUACGGUACCGGCAGCCGGCGGGUCAGAUCUAUGCUGUGAGCGAAAGCACUGGUUCAGGACUCCUGCUGUCCUACUUGGGCGAGUGUGGCUCUUCUAGUUAUGUGACGGCUGCAGCCUGCCUGUCGCCUAUUUUCCGCUGCCAGAGCUGGUUUGAGAGCGGCCCGAGCUGGCCCUUCCACUGGGCUCUCCUGCUCUACCAAAAGAUUUGUCUCAGCAGGUAUAAAACUGUGCUCGGGGAGCUCGUCCACACAGACAGCGUGUUCUCCAGCUGCUCUCUGAAGGAGAUGGAGGAGGCGCUGUUCUGCCAUUUUAGCUCAAAAGGGGUCCCAGUGGAGGGAACGGGGAGCUGGGAGGCAUAUUGGGAGCGGAAUGACCCUCUGAGGGACAUCGAUGAAGUGGCCAUUCCUGUGCUGUGCGUGUGCAGUCAGGAUGACCCCAUACGAGGGGAUCCGAGGACCACGUUGCCCUUAGAGCUUUUUGAGAACAAUCCUCAUUUCUUUCUGCUUUUGACUGCCUGCGGAGGCCACUGUGGGUUCUCCACGUCAGACGAGGGUCCUGUCGUUUGGAGCCACCAGGCCUUGCUGGAGUUUUUUCGCGCUACGACUGAUUUCUUCGCCGCGGAGGAGCGCGCCAAGCUAGGGGCCCGCAGGAGGGGUCUUAGCGGGGCUGGCAAGACUUUUCGUCAUCGCAGUGUCAGCACAUGCAAAAGACUGCCUGUGUGCUCGCAUAACAUUCACGCUAUUUACAACUGGCAGAGGUCCUACACCAGAUGAUGAUGAUGUGCUCGAAUGGUCCCUCCUAUUUGUUUUGUAUAACAGAGAGACUGAAAUAGCAAACAGCACUGCCAGAAAAAGAGAAAUCCAAAACCAUUGUCUGACCUGCUGUUCGGCACCGCCAAGAAAACCAGCAGUCCAGACAAAAUAUGUCAGUUUACAUUUAGAAGUGUUUCGACUUUUGGACCAACACUGUCAACAGACGGACGACAAUUGUGUUUGAGAAACUUUGAAAUUCAUAGCUAAAUUUGGGCAUUAUAUAGAUGACGUUACUGAAUCAUGGUUUAAAAACUUCAUAUUCAACUGAAAAAACAAAACUAAAACGUUUUAAUCAGUAUUUUUGUCAGGAUUUUGUACUGUAGGUCAUUAUUACCACACUGUUUAAAAUGUAUGGGUAAAACAAGCAGAUUUGUUUGUAACAAACAGUUUGGACGUAUGGGAAGAAAUCUAAAGAAAUUGUUGUUGUUGUUGUUGUUAUUAUUAUUAUU